AUGGCAUCCCUGGCAACCAGUGCUGCUGCUGUUCGCGAUAUCGCCAAGACCUCCCCCGGCCGAGACAACUUCACUGCUGUAGCGGCCGCCCGGAGCGUUCCUGUGACACGAUCCCACCCCCUCCCGACACCUCCCAACUCCAUAUCUCCUGCCCUGCCGCCUCACGGCCUCAAGGCUCAGCUACAGAAGGCUUCCAGACUGGAGCCCAUCGACUCCGAUCUGGACUUGCACGACGGCACCGACUCUGAAUCCGUCGGUUCGACUUCCUUCGAGUCCACCGGCGCUAUUUCCCCAGCGCUACUGGCAAAGUAUCACCUCCCGGAGAUUCUGCUGAACCAUGGCCCCAUGCCCAUCCGCUACAUAAUGGGCUACCUGACGACAUCAGUUCCUGGCUUCGCCGGUAUACCACCACCAAAGGCCAGGAGACUCGUCGUUGCGGCGCUGGAAGGACGUGGACAGGGACACGGCGCAGAGGGCGGAGGGGUCAACGGUGAUGUGAUAUUCGAAAAGAUCGGCUGGGGAAGAUGGGACGCGAAGCGACGGGGCCACCCGAACCGUGACACCUCUUCACGGAGGUCGCCCGACGCUGCAGCUCCCUAUCCGGCCGGCAUUCCUAUUAUCAAGGGCCCCCGCGGCUUUGACCGCACUAGGUUGGGCGCCCGCCCCUCCAGCUUUGGCAACUCGGCCGCCUUUUCACAUGAUGAUCGCGACGUGAGCAUGCUUGAGAACGAGGCAGAUAAGAUGUCCCUCGACUCUCUUGACGGACCCGCUUCGGCUUCCUGCUCCGAGGCCGGCGACGAUGACGACAUGAUCAUGAAUGACGACCCCGAGGAUGCCACUGACGACGAGGAUUGGGCUGCUGUGGGAGCUGCUGCUUUGCGCGCAGAGUCUUACUCCAGCCCGGCCGAGGCACGCCAUGGCUUCUCGCACGUAUAUAACUCGGGCAAUUUCCGCUCCUUCUCUGGAGCUGGUAUGCUUCGUGAGCCUCGACUCGACAAUAUCGAUCUUGCUGCAUUGGCUGCCUCCCCCAACACCCAGGAGCGCGAGGCCAUCCAGGCACUUUUGCAACUCGGUUCUGUAUAA